CGAAGGCAAAUCAAGGACCAUGCAUUUGUAACCUUGUCUGUAAAAGGACAAAGCCCUGCGAGUCCCCUUAAAUUCGUCUCACGAAUCUCAAACGCCACCAUGAUCUGCAGGCAUGCCGAGCCCGACCGCCCUGUUCCCCCUCGUAUGCUCCGCUGGCAAUUCCAGCCCUCACCAAAGCCUUCGAGGUUGGAUUCCGUAGAGACAUAAUAAAUAUUUCCCCUUUUGCAACUUGUCCAAAGCCGACAAUCUCCCAUUCGAAGAGUGUGCAAGUCCCAGCGUGCACUCUUUGUCGCCAUGGCUGAGGGGCGUCCGACAGGCACGGGUCUGAUCGACCUGGAGAAAGAGUUGACUUGUUCGAUCUGUACCGACAUCCUCUUCCAACCGCUCACGCUCCUCGACUGCCUCCACACUUUCUGCGGCGCAUGCCUGCAAGAAUGGUUCGCCUUCUCCGCCGAAUCCGCGCGACACAGCGACCAGCCCUCGCGACAUCCGUAUACCUGCCCGUCAUGCCGCGCCACGGUCCGAGGGACGAAGCACAAUGCGACGGUCACGACGUUAUUAGACAUGUAUCUACAGGCGAAUCCGGGGAAGGGGAAGAGCGAGAAAGAGAAGGAAGAGAUGGUGAAGAUGUAUAAGCCGGGCGAUGAUGUCCUCCCGAAGAUUGAGCGGCGCAGUCGGAACAGGGAGGUGGUGAGUGAUGAUGAGGAGGAUCGGGCUUUGUUGAGCCAGGUGCGGGAGAUGAGCCUGAGGGAAGUUGGCGUGGUAGCUGGUGCUGCUGCGGGAGAUGGUCGGAGGAGACCGCCACGGAGCCAGGAGGAAAGCCGACGGCGGCAUAGGAAUCGUGGGAACGAUGAAAGGUCACCGCGAGUGGUUCCGGCCCGCCAAAUCGAGCAUCAAUCAAGCCUGAGAUCGCUGCUGAGCGCCUCGGAAGACGAUUCGCAAGAGGUUGAGGCGGCCAUCAUGCGGCAGAUUGUGGAAGAAGGGCUACUGGAGGGGAUCGACGUGAACAAUAUGACCCCGUCACAAGAGGAGGAGCUCACGGAGAUGAUCGCCCAGGCGUACUAUAGACGGCGACGAGAGCUUGCGGAGGCGCACGGAACUACAACGAAUCCUACUGGAUCACCGAGUCAAUCGUCUCCACGACCGACGCAACCUCCAGGGUCUCCAAGCCAGCUAACUCCACGCCAUGCAGAAGACCCUAAUCAAGGACGGCAUAGUCGGUCGCGCUCCUCCAGCCAUAUCCCACCCUCAGGAACCUCACCCUCUCGGCACCCACCCGUUUCGUUCCGCACCACCGGACAGCCCUCGGAUCGACAUCGCCGGUCAUCCAGCCAGGGAGCAUCGAGGAGCGGACGAUCAAGUGAUCAGUCUAGAUCGCAAUCGUACACGAGCCACGCCGCUGCUCGAUCGGCGACUGAUCUGUCGAAUACCCCAGAAACGGCGGAGGCGAGCGCCGAGAGAAGGUCGCGGCCCAAUCCGAACGAUAGACGGUCGACAGACCCUGAGAGGGCUCGCCCUGUACGACAGAGCCAAAGUGCAUCGCGGACAGAAGUGGUUGCAACCUCAAACAGCGGGCUACUCCAAUCCCCCACCUCGUCGCCUCGACUCCCUUCACCAUCCCGACCCACAGCAAGACAAGAGAACCCCACCCCCACACCCCACGCCCCCGACAUCUCAACCCCAACCACCACCACCACCUCCCCCCCCGCUCGCACCUCCCUCUUCACCGAACCCUCCAUCACCUGCUCCAAAUGCGCCACCCCGAACAUCCAAUACACCCUCCACCACUACUGCCCCCUCUGCAACUCCGGCUCCUUCCACCUCUGCCACCCCUGCUACCGCCUCGGCGCCGGCUGCCUCCACUACUUCGGCGCCGGCCCCGCCGCUCGCUUGCGCUUCGACCGCGCCGCCCCGCCUGGCGGCUACCCCGCCGACUAUCCUCCUCCGCACACCCUCACGGCGCAGCGGUACGCGCGGCCGAAGCGGGAGUUGGUCGCGCAAGGUGGCCGGAUGGUCACGGAGGAAGAUCCCGCGACAAGGGUGCAGCGCGGGGUGUUCUGCGACGUGUGUAGCGGGUUCGCGAACGAGUGCUACUGGCAGUGCGGGAUGUGCAACGACGGGGCGUGGGGGUACUGUAAUUCCUGCGUGGUGCAAGCGAAGCACUGCACGCACGCCUUGCUCCCGCUGUCGCACACACCCGAAGGAACGAAUAGUAGCGUGAAAUUCCCGAGUGCACCAACGAUGAUCGGAGGGAUGGCGUUCGCGCCGCUGGAGUUCACGACGGCGUGCGACGUGUGCCGGUACCCGAUCCCGCCGUCGCGGACGCGGUUCCACUGCCCGGACUGCCAGGCGGGGAACUUCGACAUCUGUGCGGCGUGUUACUCCGGGCUGGUAGCCAGCGGGGCAAUCGCGGCGGAGAAUGGGGAGAAGGGGUGGCGGAGGUGUCCGAGUGGGCAUCGGAUGGAGGUGGUGGGGUUUGAGGAGCGAGGCGGUGGGGGACGGAGGGUGGUAGUGAGGGAGGUGGUUGGGGGGUGGGCGUUGAAGGAUGAGGAGACGCGCACCCCCCGCUCGCCGUCCCGCGCGCAAUUCGACACCACGGUCACGGGAACCACGCCACGCUUCCCGCCGGAUGGAGGGGUGGGGUUGCGAGUGCAGGCGCACUGGGGCUGGUUUCCUGAGGCAGAGGCGACGAACGAGCUGGCGUUCCCGAAGGGGGCGGAAAUCCGCGAGGUGGAGGACAUAAAUGGGGAUUGGUUCUGGGGGGUGUUUUGUCGGGAGAAGGGGCUGUUUCCGGCGAAUUAUGGGAGGGUGUUGUAA